GGAUUGGAGUAGACAGAAUAAAGAGUGAACGACUGCUGCUGUGUUGUGUUGUUGAGAUGAUCAACAACAAUUUCAUCAAUUGCUUAUAAAACGGUUGCUUAAUUUCGCCAUUCCGCUUGUUUAUAUAUAUGGUGUUUGUAGUAUCUUUUCAGGGUUUCUGAUCAAAUGGCAUCCGCCUUUCUUUCAAGAACUUUCUUUGCAAAUCGUGUUGUUUCGUCUUUCGCCCUCAAUCAAAAGCCCCAAAAAUUGGCGUCCCUUCUCUUUAAGAAACCCCUUCAUUUGUGGGCUUCCUCAUCUCGUAUGGCGUAUAUGAGUACUUCCUCAAUUCGUAGUGACAUGGCUUCAACCGCGGUUGGAUCUACAGCUACUUUUUUAACACAGUCCAUGUCGACUACCGAGCCUGUUGUUUCAGUUGACUGGCUCCAUGCCAAUCUGCGUGAACCUGAUAUCAAGGUGUUGGAUGCAUCCUGGUACAUGCCUGAUGAACAGAGAAAUCCACUUCAAGAGUAUCAGGUUGCCCACAUUCCUGGUGCUCUUUUCUUUGAUGUAGAUGGGAUAUCAGACCGAACCACUAAUCUGCCACACAUGUUGCCAUCCGAUGAAGCAUUUGCUGCUGCUGUUUCUGCUCUUGGUAUUGAAAACAAAGAUGGAGUUGUUGUUUAUGAUGGUAAAGGGAUCUUCAGUGCCGCUCGUGUCUGGUGGAUGUUCCGAGUUUUUGGACAUGAUAGAGUAUGGGUAUUAGAUGGAGGCCUCCCCAGAUGGCGUGCCUCGGGAUUUGAUGUUGAAUCCAGUGCUUCUAGUGAUGCAAUAUUGAAGGCUAGUGCUGCAAGUGAGGCAAUAGAAAAAGUAUACCAUGGGCAGGCUGUUGGUCCAGUUACAUUUCUAACAAAAUAUCAGCCACAUCUUGUAUGGACACUUGAACAGGUUUGUUGAAUUAUGUUUAUGUGCUUUUCUCAAUUCGUAAAAGUCGUCAAGCAUGGUUAGUAUGAUGAGAUAUGUCACCAAAAGGGAGAAAAUAAAUAAGUCUAUGCAUAUAUAUGUGGGUGUAAGAUCGUUUAUGCUCUUUAUGGUAUUUAAGCCUGGACAAUGACUAUUUAGCAAAUAAAUUCGAAAUUGAAAUGGUAUUUGAUAUUCGACUGCCCACCA